UUCACAUUUCUGUAAAGAAAAGGAAUAAUAGUUAUGACCUUAAAGAUAGAGAAACGAUGAAGUUGUGUUUGCUGCUUAUCUUCUGUCGUAGUUUAUUUGCAGUGAAACAUUCACUGAAGUAUUUUGUCACUGGAUCCUCUGGAGUCCCAAACAUCCCAGAGUUCAUGGGUGUACUGGUGUUUAACGGCAUCCAGGCGGGUUACUGUGACAGCAACAACAUGACAUUAAAACCAAAACAGGACUGGGCGAAGAAAAUAUUACAAACCAGUCCUGAGCAGAAGGAGUGGUACGAUCACAUGUGUUUCAAGGAACAGCCAAACUUCUUCAAAAACAUGAUUUCUCAUUUGAAGCAAUUCACCAAAAGUGAAGGCGUCCAUGUUUUACAGAGGAUAGGCGGCUGUGAACGUGAUGAAAACACUGGUGAGCUGACUGGCUUAGUACACUUUGGUUAUAACGGAGAAGACUUUCUUGAAUUCAAUCUGGAGACACUGACAUGGAUCGCACUGAAACCAGAGGCUGACCUUAUUAGACAGGAAUGGGAUGCUGACAGAGUUCGAACUAAACACAAUGAAAACUUCCUCACUCAGAUUUGUCCAGAGUGGCUGAAGACCUAUGUGGACAGUGCAAAAAGCCCCCUACAGAAAUCAGUUCUUCCCUCAGUGUCUCUCGUACAGAAGACUCCCUCCUCUCCAGUCAGCUGCCACGCUACAGGUUUCUAUCCUGACAGAGCCGUGAUGUUCUGGAGGAAAGAUGGAGAGGAGCUUCAUGAUGGUGUGGAUCCUGGAGAGAUUCUCCCCAACAAUGAUGAGACCUUCCAGAUGAGUGUUGAUCUGAAUGUUUCAUCAUUCACGCCUGAAGAGUGGAGCAGAUACGACUGUGCGUUUCAGCUCUCUGAUGGUGAAGACAACAUCAUCACUAGCCUGAAUAAAACAGUGAUCAGAACCAACUGGGUUGAAAACAUUACAAAAGAGAGGUCCUCGCACAUGAUGAUUAUUCCUGCUGUGGUUGUUUCUGUUGUUUUCUUCAUCAUUGGAUUUUGUGUUUUCAAAAAGAAGAGAGAAAGAAAAAGUGAACAAACUUCGGGCAACAUCUAUGGACUCUCAGAGAGACUGAAUCCAGAGGCCCCGUGA